AAUAACAACAACACACUCUCUCCGCGAUUGGCUUCUUCUUCUUCUUCUUCUUUAAUCAUUAUUAUUCGCUCCCUUUCUAGAUCCAAAUCGAACCCCCAAAUCUUCCAUUUUCUAGGGUUUCCGAUUGGAUCAAAAAUCCACCACGGCGAUUCGGUGAGUCCAUCUCGAUUGUGGAUUUCCGCGACGCGCGGCGGCGGCGCCUAGGGUUUUCUCAUCGGGAUUCUCAGAUCCUCCGGUUCGGUUCGGCUCAAUUGCAACCAUGUUCUGGCGUAUGGCCGGCUUGUCCACCGCGUCUCCGGUGGAGACGAUUUUGGACAAGGAUAAUUUCACAUUGGAAGAGCUUCUUGAUGAAGAUGAAAUUAUCCAAGAAUGCAAAGCUCUUAAUGGGCGCCUAAUCAAUUUCCUGCGAGAAAGAGUUCAGGUGGAGCAACUCAUCCGAUAUAUUGUUGAAGAAGCUCCCGAGGAUGCUGAAAAGAGGCGAACAUUUAAAUUUCCAUUUAUGGCAUGUGAGAUUUUCACUUGUGAAGUUGAUAUCAUACUCAAAACAUUGGUCGAGGAUGAGGAGUUGAUGAAAUUGUUGUUCUCCUUUUUGGAACCAAAUCAUUCUCAUAGCACACUCUUGGCUGGCUACUUUAGCAAGGUUGUUGUUUGCCUGUUGUUGCGUAAGGCAGUUCCUUUUCUGCAUUACAUUCAGGGCCAUCAAGAUAUUGUCAAGAAGCUAGUUGACCUGAUUGGAAUUACGUCAAUCAUGGAGGUUUUGAUACGUCUUGUUGGUGCUGAUGAACAUAUGUAUUCAAACUACAUGGAAGCAAUGCAUUGGAUACAAGAGACCGAUGUGCUAGAAAUGAUUGUGGACAAGUUCAGCUCUUCAGAUUCUCCUGAAGUGCAUGCCAAUGCAGCAGAGACGCUUUGUGCUAUAACUCGGUUUGCUCCGCCUGGACUUUCUACUAAAAUCUCCAGCCCAAGUUUCAUAGGAAGAUUGUUUCGGCAUGCUUUGGAGGACUCCCGGCCAAAAUCUGUUCUUGUUAACUCAUUGUCAGUAUGCAUCUCUUUGUUAGACCCUAGGAGGCUUACUGUGGGAACAUAUCAAAUGUAUGGACGUCAAAUGACUCAUGGAUCCACAGUUACUGCCAACCCUGAGACUGUUGUUGGCAUGUUGGAGAGCCUAGGUAAUUUGCUGAAGCUCUUAGAUGUUUCAUCAGUGGACAAUACGUUGUUAACUACAUAUGGCAAGUUACAGCCACCUCUUGGAAAGCAUCGGUUAAAGGUGGUAGAGUUCAUUUCGGUAUUACUUACAGUCGGUAGUGAAGCUGCCGAGAAGGAAUUGGUUAGCCUCGGAGCAGUGCAAAGAAUUUUAGACUUGUUUUUCAAGUACCCGUAUAACAACUUUGUACAUCACCACAUAGAGAAUAUAAUAGUGUCAUGUUUGGAAAGCAAGAAUGCUCCUCUUGUUGAGCAUCUUCUCCGUGAAUGCGAUCUUGUUGGAAAAAUUCUUGAAGCAGAAAAGAAUUCUUCAUUGUCAGCUGACUCGGACAAGCCAACUAUACCUGCUGAGGGUAGAUCUGCACCCAGGAUAGGGAAUAUCGGGCAUAUAACACGUAUAUCCAAUAAAAUCAUUCAGCUGGGGAAUAACAACAGCGAGAUUGAGGCGUAUCUGCAGGAGAACAGUGAGUGGACUGAUUGGCAGACGAAGAUUUUGUCAAAGCGUAAUGCAUUGGAGAAUGUCUAUCAGUGGGCAUGCGGGCGGCCAACAGCCUUGCAUGAUAGAAAUAGGGAUAGUGAUGAUGAUGACUACCAAGAUAGAGAUUAUGACGUUGCAGCUCUUGCAAAUAACUUGAGCCAGGCUUUUCGAUAUGGCCUUUACAGCAAUGAUGAUUUAGAUGAGGGCCAGGGCUCACUUGAACGAGAUGAUGAGGAUGUCUACUUUGAUGAUGAAUCCGCUGAAGUUGUCAUUUCUUCACUGCGACUUGGAGAUGACCAGGAAAGUGGUUCUCUGUUUACAAAUUCCAACUGGUUUGCAUUUGAGGACGACAGAGCCGGUGAUCGUGCAACUGGGUCCCUUACCUCUCCAUCACCUAAUACCCUGGCGGCUGAUGUUGCCGAUGGUGGCGGCGAGGAUAAUGUCAUUGUUGGUGAAGAUGAUGACUUGGUUGAUGCUGCGACAUCUUCUCCAGAACCAGGAACUAAACCAGAAGAUUCAGAAGCUAGUGUGCCCAACAAUACUACUGAAGUGGGUUCCAGUGAAACUGAUAAGCCACCAGAGUGGGUUGAAUGGAGGGAAACUUCAGAUUCUGGGGAACCAUCUGACGCUCUACCUAAUGGUGAGCUUCAAACGAUAUCUGCAGAUGCAGCGACUAGUUCUCCAUGUAAUGAGGAAACUGUUGAUAGACAUGAAGCUGAAAUGUAUUCUGAGAAAACUGCAAAACCUUCUGAGGUUUCAGAAUCUGGUCUUGAGAAUCCAAGUUCUGAUGCAACAACUUAUGACGCUGCAGCAAGCGCUGUUGGAGCAAAGGGCACUCCUGAAGCAGCAGAAGCCAGUGUAGGGGAUAAAGCUGUCGAGGAAGCGAACUAAUGUAAAUUUUUAAUCAUCAGUCAGUUUUAAAUGGGCUAACUCAGUACUCCGCAAUAUUGAUCCGGGGUGAUCGGGUGGGAAGUUGAAUUCCAGACACUGGUUGGUUGGUUAGGCGAUUGUACUCUUAGGGCCUCACGCAGAUCAUCAAAGGAAAGUUUUUUUUUGAAUAUAGGAUUGUUGAAAUUUUUUUCCCCACCUGUAUAAAAAUUAUGUUCUCUUUUUUUAGUACUUCUCUCCCCUGCUCUCACUAUAAUUAUAAUUUUCAAGGAAAAGGGAAGAGAAUGUUUCCAUUUGCAGACCUGGUAGCAGCUAGCAAGUAAUUUGUUCUUUCAUCAAUUGUCUAAAGCUAGGCGUUACAUAAGUUGGAUUUUUAUUUUUGUUUCUCAUGGUACAAGGGCUUGUGAAUA